GGAAGGGGCGGGGGGCCUGGGGGAUCUGAGAAGGAGAGAGAAGAAAGAGGUAGAGAGAGAGAUGGGGAUUGGGAGUGGUGGGUUUGGAGUGAUGGUGGCAGCUGGGUUGCGCUGCGAUGGGGUUUGUUGCAGGAAGGCGCGAGGGCCGAGAGAUCUGAGAGAGAAAGAGAAAGGGGUUGGACGUGGUGAUGGCAGCUGGGUUGGGUGGUAG